UCAGCCCUGCCGGAGCCGGGAGAACAGCCUGAGCCAAGGUGGGAAGGAGGCUGGGACUCGACAGCCUUUGGUGAUUCUCUUGGGCUGGGGUGGCUGCUCCGACAAGAACCUUGCCAAGUAUAGUGCCAUCUACCACAAAAGGAUUUUGUCUCCACCCUCGCAUGUCGAUACAUUUUCAUCUCAUCUAGCUUCCAGUCCUUACUGAGACGCUCUAAUGGUGCCCAGAGCGUCCUUCACAACUGAUUUGCCCAAACAGCAUCUAAUCCAGGAUCAGCCAUUGCAUCUUGUUCCUUGACCUUCUUUUAAAUCUAGAACAGUCCCCGUUUUUCACGAUGACAACUUACCGAAGAGCCCAGGCACCAGAGAGUCUGUCUAGGAGCCUGUGAUCCCGAAUGCGGCGGGAAGGGCAGUGUGGUGGGCACUGAACGGCAUCGUGGGAUUUGGCCGUUGGGGGGGAUGUGACGGCCUUCACAAGAGCAGGGCAGCCGUUCACCGGAGCCGGAAUCUAGAGAGGAAGAGACUGAAAAUACAGAAGAGGUUGGUGAGGAGCGACACAGCAGGGUUCUGCAUCCCUGCAGAGAUGGAGCGAUGGUUGGCUUCCGGGGCGAGAGAAGAGACUAGGAUCGGACAUGCAGCGAGAGUUCAGUGCAGAGAGAGACCGGACAGUGCGCUGGAGUUCAGGAGGGGCUUCCGGACCCCUGAGUUGCAGACUGUUUCUGAAACCAUAGGUGGGACAACCAUGGCCAAACAGGCCCCACAGAGACAUUUAGCGCUCGGCACAGGGACUUCUAAAAGCACCUGACUGGGGAGGUGGCAGCAGAGAUGGCGGGCACCUCGGGAACCAACAAAUGGAUGGAGACACAGACUCAGAAAGAUGAAGGCUGUAUCGUGAUCCGAUACACAGCUCCGUGGCACAUGGUCUUCUUCUCCGAGUCCCUGGGCAUCCCUUCACUUCGUGUUUUGGCCCAGAAGCUGCUUGAUCUCCUCUUUGAUUAUGAGGUAGAGAAGGAACCCCUGCUCUUCCAUGUCUUCAGCAACGCCGGUGCCAUGCUGUACCGAUACGUGUUGGAGCUCCUGCAGACCCAUCGACGCUUCUGCCACCUGCGUGUGGUGGGCACCAUCUUUGACAGCGGUCCUGGUGAUAGCAACCUGGUGGGGGCUCUGCGGGCCCUGGCAGCCAUCCUGGAGCACCGGCCUGCCGCACUGCGCCUGCUGCUGCUGGUGGCCUUCACCCUGGUGGCAGUCCUGUUCCACAUCCUGCUCGCUCCGCUCACUGCCCUUUUCCACACCCACUUCUAUGACAGGCUACUUAACGCAGCCUCUCGCUGGCCCGAGCUCUACCUCUACUCGAGCGCCGAUGAGGUGGUCCGGGCUAGGGAUGUGGAACGCGUGGUGGAGGCUCGCUUGGCGCACGAGGUCCUGGUGCGCUCGGUGGACUUUGUGUCAUCUGCCCAUGUCAGCCACCUCCGUGACUACCCCACCUACUACACGAGCCUCUGCAUUGACUUCAUGCGAAGCUGUGUCCACUGCUGAGAUCCUUGUCCCACCCACCUCACGUCUGUUCCAGAAAUAAAUGCCUGACACCUCCCUAUA